AUGAAGUUUCGGGCAAAGAUCGUGGACACGGCCUGUCUGAACCAUUUCACGCGAAUCAGUAACAUGAUAGCCAAGCUUGUAAAAACCUGCACCCUUCGCAUCAACCCAGAUAAGUUGAAUUUCAUCCUGUUAGAUAAAGUGGCCAAUGGUGGAGUGAGCAUGUGGUGUGAGCUGCAACAGGAGAACUUCUUCAGUGAAUUUCAGAUGGAAGGUGUCUCGGCAGAAAACAAUGAAAUUUAUAUAGAACUGACAUCAGAAAACUUAUCUAGGGCCUUAAAAACUGCCCAGAAUGCCAGAGCCUUGAAAAUCAAGCUGACCAAUAAGUAUUUCCCUUGCCUGACAAUAGACAUUCCUCUGUUAUCUGUAUCAAGCAGCAGUCGCAUUGUGACUCAUGACAUCCCCAUAAAGGUUAUUCCUAGAAAACUCUGGAAAGAUUUACAAGAACCCACAGUCCCUGACUCUGACGUUAGCAUUUACUUACCAGUGUUGAAGACUAUGAAGAGUGUUGUGGAAAAAAUGAAAAAUAUCAGUAAUUACCUUAUUAUUGAAGCAAAUCUAAAUGGUGAAUUGAACUUGAAAAUAGAAACUGAAUUAGUGUGUGUUACAACUCAUUUUAAAGAUCUUGGAAAUCCCCCAUUGGCCUCUGACAGUGCUUCUCAAAGCAGAAAUCCAGAGCAAAUGGCUGAAGUGCGCAUAGAUAUUAAGAAGCUCCUGCAGUUUCUUGCUGGACAACAAGUAAAUCCUACAAAGGCCUUGUGCAAUAUUGUGACUAACAGGCUUGUUCAUUUUGAUUUGCUUCAUGAAGAUAUGUCCCUUCAGUAUUUCAUUCCAGCACUGUCUUAA